AUGGAAUCAGAGAGAUCUGAGGCAGUUUUGACUGCUGGACAAAUCUCUUCAGAUGUUUCAAACAAUCACCUGGCAGCUGAGUCUGGUUCAUUAGGAAGGAGUUCUCAAGGCAGCAUAUCUACAGAGACUGUUGUCUCAGAAAAGGAGCAUUUCAAGUCUGCGGAUUUGCGUGAAGCCAGAAAUGAAGAUGAGAAGGGUAUUGUUGAUAAAACUGAGGAAGAUAAACUACAUGAAGAAAUGAAAAGUGUGACUAAUUUAGGAUCAAAAGCUUCUCAUAAGCUGCCAGAAAAAGAGGGUGAGACAAAUGAGUCAAACAAGCCUGUAAACAAAAAGGAUUCAAAUACUAAAGCUAAAAAGAAAAGAAAUAAGAAGCUGAAAAGAACAACUGAAAAACGAACAGCAUUUGAUGGUAGAAAAGUUGUUUAUGUAACAGAAUGUACUCAGACUGACUGGAAUUGGAAAGACAAGGCAGAAAAAUCUGGCAAGGGAACAGUGCCUUCAUCUUCUGCGGCUCCUUCACCAACUGAGGCAAAAUCAGACUCCAGACAGAGUUUGGAACAGACUCAAGGUGAAAUGGAGAACAGACAGGAAAUUAUAACAGUGACAGAUUUAACUCCCUUCUUUUUAGUGCCAGAUGAUGAGUUUGGCAUUCCUGUUGUAGAGCUGAGUUCAGAUUCUGAUGCUUCCAGUGAAGAACCGUAUGAAAGACCCAAGUAUUAUCGCCAUCACCUGCCAUCUGUUGGUCCACCUCAGAUUCUCAGAUACAUUCGAGAAUCGGAAAUACUGGAAAAGACAGAAGGGAAAGCUAAUGACAACUGGGAUCACCUGCAGAGAGAGCCUAGCUAUGAGACACCUGCCUUUGAGGAACAUGGCAGUUCACUGGGGAUGUUCAGUGGGCCCUGUGAAUUUUGUGGCGUGGAUAUAAAACCAUUCCCUAGCCUUGAUCAACAGCUGUCCCAGUCUCCAGAUUCUCUCUAUUGUUGUGAAGAGUAUCGUGAGUUUGUUGAGUUUGCUACAACCACAGCAGUCAGAAUGGAAGAAGAGAAGAUAAAAAACCAGCAGCAGAUCAGCAUCAAAGUUCAUGCACACUACGGCAGUGCUCAUGACAGGCAUCUGGCUAAAGAAAAGGCUGUGCAGCGAAUGCAUGAGAGAGAGCUGCUGAGACGAGAACAAGAAGCAAAUGGACUACAUGCUGCGUUUCAGCAAACGCAUGUGAUUGGUGGGAAGGGACCCAGAAGAAGUGGACCUGAACCAGGACAAGGUGGACAAGAACCCAGAAGAGAUGGACAAGAACCCAGAAGAGAUGGACAAGAACCUAGAAGAGAUGGACAAGAAGCCAGAAGAGAUGGACAAGAACCCAGAAGAGAUGCACAUGAACCUAGAAGAGGUGAAAAUGAACUGGGAAGAGUUGGAUUUAAACCAGGAAGAGGAAGGCAGGAACCAGGAAGAGAUGAACUCAAACCGGGAGGAUAUGAAUAUGAACUGAGAAGAAAAAGAAUGAGGCAAAACCGUGAAACAAGAGGACAUUUAAAGGCUGUUGAGUACUGUCUUUCUGUUCACUUUCAUCUAUUUUCACAAGAAUGUAUUUAUACUAUUCUAACUUUUUGUUGCUCAUUUGUACACUCUUUGACAACAGCCAAGAAC